AUGGCAUCAAGCGAAAUAUCAUUAAUAAAUAAACAAGCUAUAUUUCAAUUGCAUGGCUGUAUGACAGUUUCUACUACUAGUAGGCAGCUUUUUCCACCUUCUUCCAACCAACCUCACAAUCAACAAUUACAAAGUUCUUCUAGUUCUUCUUCAUUUAAACCAAUUUAUCAUAAUGCAAUAGCGCAAAAGCAAGCUUUUAAUGAAAUAGAAAGGUUAAAAAAAGAAUUAGAUGAACUAAAUUCAAUAGCUUCAAUAAUAACUAAUCUUUAG